UUGGCGAAGCUGAGAACUCCAAGAUGAGAGAGCCCUGCAAGCUCUUAAUCCUGCUCGCUCUGCUGUCCCCCACUUCCGCCCAUGCUGGAGCUUCAUGGAGUGAGAUUGUGGGGGGGCAUGAAGCCAAGCCCCACUCCAGACCCUACAUGGCCUAUCUGAAGAGGACCAACUUGGAUUUCUGUGGGGGAUUUCUGGUGGACCCAGGCUGGGUGAUGACGGCUGCUCACUGCCAGGGGAACCUGACAGUCAUCUUAGGAGCUCACAAUAUCCACAAGCAAGAGGCCUCCCAGCAAAGGUUGGCAGUUCAGAGCUACCACCCGCACCCCGCCUACCAAGACCGUCCUUUAGUCAAUGACAUCCUUUUGCUGAAGCUGAAGGGAAAAGCCAAAGUAAACAAAUACGUCCGUGCCAUUGGCCUGCCCAAGUUCCAGAGAAAUGUCGCCCCGUGGAGCCAGUGCAGCAUAGCUGGAUGGGGCCAUAUCGACCAGGGAAAAGCCACCGACAAGCUGUUUGAGACCAACGUCAUCAUCCAGCCAUCAAAGAAAUGCCACUCUUUUAACCCCGGGAUAACUAACGGCAUCAUCUGUGCAGCCAGCAAAUACUGGGUCAAGGACUGCAGCCAGGGGGAUGAUGGUGGCCCUCUAGUCUGCAAUAGGACAGCAGAAGGAAUCUUCUCCUAUGACUUCAACCACCCUCCUGGUUUUUACACUAGCAUUGCCUACCACCUUAGCUGGAUUAAGAAAACCAUGAAGUAACAAACAGGAGAGGAAGAGGCUGACCCUUCUCCUGCAUCAUCGGCUGCCUUUGAAAGUUGGGCAUUUCCUUGUGCUGCAUUCGGUGGCUUUUUCCCCUCCCUUUUCUGGGGCGCUGAGUGGCAAGUUAGGGCUAAGACAAGAAGUGGUGCCGAUGGGGAGCCCCCCCCCUUGUCCUUGUCACACAAAAAAAAACCAUCCGUCUAGACCAGUGUUUCCCAAACUGUGUUCCGCACGAUGUGACUAGGUGUUCCGUGAAAGACGCUUGCCCUUGAUUUGUGUACUACUUUAUAGGCGCUUUCCCCUUAGGAAUUGUUAGUUCAAGUCAUUUUAAAUUUGUAUUUUUGCUUUGUUUAAUAAAAUAAAAUAUAUUUGAGCAUAAAUAACGCAAUUUUUUGACUUGAAAACCAAACGACUACAAAAUAAUAUUAUAAGUGUUCCGUAAUAGGCUAAAAAGUUUUCCGUGGCCAAAAAAAGUUCGGGAAACACUGCUCUGGACGUACAAACAUCUCCGUACAAUGCUACGGCUGCAGCUUACACCCCGCUGGAAAGGUGGUGACAACUGGGUUAAGGGAGACAAAGUGCCUAGAUGAGCCUUUUAUCCAGAACCAUUGCUGAUUCCAUCCGUGCCCAAGAUCACACAGCUGGAGCAAGGACUUGACCCCAGGUCUCUCAAGUGCUAGGCCAGUGAUUUUACCACUGAGCCAUCCUGCCUG